AUGGUUAUCUCGCCGGCGGCCGCGGAGGAGGUGCACCUGGUACCGGCGGUGUACGUGUUCGGCGACUCGACGGUUGACGUGGGCAACCUCAAGUACCUGCCGGGGAACUUCACACCGCCGUUUCCUUACGGCAUCGACUUCCCGCUGGCGAACUCCUCCAGUCCCAACGGAAGGUUCAGCAACGGGUACAACCUGGCCGACUGCAUCUCGAGGCUGUUGGGUUUCGAUAUGAGCCCGCCGGCGUACCUGUCGCUGACGCCGGAGACGAGCGGUCAGAUCCUGAAAGGCUUCGGUGGCGCCAACUACGCCGCCGGUGGAUCCGGCAUUCUCGACACCACCGGGAAUGCCUCCCUCCCGCUGAGCAAGCAGGUGGAGUUCUUCGCGGCCACCAAGUCGAAGAUGAUGGAGAACAGCGGCGACAACGGCACCCAAGCCAUCGACGCGCUGCUAUCCAGGUCCCUCUUCCUCAUUAGCGACGGUGGCAACGAUAUGUUUGACUUCUUCCUGAAGAAACGGUCGUACCGGGAGGUUCCGGCCUUCUACGAGGACCUUCUGUCCAACUACACCAAGUUUGUGAAGACGCUGUACGGGCUCGGGGCGCGGCGUUUCGGUGUCAUCAACGUGGCGCCCAUCGGCUGCGCGCCGGCGGGGCGGGCGAAAUACCUGUUCGGUGUGUGGGACUGCGAACAUAUUUCCAAUAAACUCGCCAGGGACUUCGACAGCGCCUUGGGCGACGCGAUGGCGAAACUCGCCGCGUCGCUGCCCGGGAUGAAGUAUACUCCGUGGGGAGCCCCUAUCAGCUGGUGGAAUACUACACCGCGCACCCGGAGGCCGCCGGGUUCAAGGUUGUGA